AUGCAGACUGCUUCUACAAACAUUUGUAAAAGAAUAGGUCGCUCUCAGGAGCUCAGUGACUCCAAGCGUGGUACCAUGAUAGGUUGCCACCUGUGCAAUAAGUCCAUCCAUGAAAUUUCCUGGCUACUAAAUAUUCCACAGUCAACUGUUAGUGGUAUUAUAACAAAGUGAAAGUAUGGGAACAACAGUAACUCAGCCACAAAGUGAGCGGGAUUCGGGCAUGCUGAAGCGCACAGAUCGCAGAAGUCACCAACUGUCUGCAGAGUAAAUAGCUAAAUACCUCCAAAUGUCAUGUGGCCUUCAGAUUAGCACAACAACAGUGCAUAGAGAGCUUCACGGAAUGGGUUUCCAUGGC